CAGCAGGAUAAAGCUCGCGUGGAUGCCAUUAAGGACCGCUACUUGAGCAAGCACGGCAGCCGUGCUGCUAGCACUCCUGUGACCAACGUUGGUAUAAUGUACCUUAUAGCAGUUGGUGUUGGUAGCCCCGCCACAACCUCUCGAACACAUGGGUUGGCGCCAGCACUGCGUACGUCAAUACUAGCACCAGCGUCGACACCGGUGAGCCUGUGUCGGUCGGCUACGGUUCUGGCUUCUUCUCUGGAACUGAUCGAUUGGUGUUGCUUCUACUUCGUCGGGCUUCACUGGUGUCGACGGCAUUCUUGGCAUUGGGCCUGUAAAUUUGACAGAGGCCAAGGCAAAAUUUCUCAGAAGGUUGUUAGUGUCUCUUUUGAGCCCACCACUUCGACGUCAGUUACCAAUGGAGAGCUCACCUUCGGUGGAACUGACACUACCAAGCACACUGGGUCCAUUGCGUACACUCCUCUUACUACCACCACAACUGCAUCGAGCUAUUGGGGUAUCAAUGAGAGCAUCACCUACGGCUCCGCGACGCUCUUAUCCUCCACUGCUGGUAUCGUCGAUACUGGAACCACCCUUAUUUACAUUGCCAGUGAUGCCUACUCCAAGUAUCAGUCUGCAACUGGUGCUACUCUGGAUGGGGUGACUGGUCUUCUCUCCAUUUCCUCCACCCAAUACAAUGCCCUCAAGAACUUGAGCUUCAAAAUUGGCAGCGGAACCUACACUCUCACUCCCAACGCCCAAAUCUGGCCUCGUUCUCUCAACUCUUACCUUGGUGGUAGCAGCACCGCCAUAUAUCUUGUCGUUACUGAUAUUGGUAGUGCGAGUGGCUCAGGGCUUGACUUUAUUGACGGCUACACAUUCCUCGAGCGCUUCUACUCCGUGUUCGAUACCGACAACUCUCGCGUCGGUUUUGCCACAACCUUGUACACUGAUGCCACCACCAACUAAAGUGGACUGACAAAGUACAUGACGUGUAGCUUUGUAAAGCAGUAUACGAAUUUGAGUUGAAGGUUGUGCGCUAUGGAGGUCAUAUUCCUCGGUCGGGUUUCGUGUAUGAUUAGCAAGAGUGUCGUAUCUAGUCAGGUUGUCUCAAAUGGGGAAAUACUCUGUGUUUAUAGUGUGAUAACAUGCUUCUGGAAUUACUAUACAUCUGAUAUACAUCUCAGAGCAUGCCAUGAUCCUCUUGACAACUCUGAGUCUUGGAACCAUUGCCCUCCCACAAAGG